GAUGGGAUUGGAUGACAGGGUGUUUUGGGGGGUGGUCAGGAAGGCGCUUCUGGGACUGGCCAAUCCCUCGCAGGCGGGGUGGGCCGGAAGCCGGAAGCAGGAAGCGCGCGAGCUCCGUCUCCUGCAUCCACCUCGGAGCUGCGGUCCCUGGCCUUCUGGAAGCCGGCCCUGCGCCUGCAGCGCCCAGGGAGCCUGGAGCCAGAGGGAAUGUGUCCUGGAAGCCUCACAUCUCUUCCUCAGGGGUUGCUGACAUUCAGGGAUGUGGCUGUGGACUUUACCCAGGAGGAGUGGGGCCUCUUGGACGAUCCUCAGAAGGAGCUGUACAAGGACGUCAUGUUGGAGAAUGCCUGGAACCUGCUCUCCCUGGGCCUUCUAGUUCCCAGUGAAUAUGUGAUCUCUUAUUUUAAGCAAAGAAAAUCACAAUGGAUGCUGGACCAGGAAGGCCUGAGGAGCUGCUCUCCAGAAAAAGAAAUCGGACUUGAAAUGAAGGAAAGUACUCCAGAGCUAAGUCUUCCUAUAGUAGAAACUCACAAGCCAAGAUUCAUCAGUGAUGGUCCUGCUAACUUCUCUUGGAAAGAUAUAUGUAAUACACUUGAGAAAAUUCAUAGUGGAGAGAAAUCUUACGAGCAUAAUCAAAGUGGAAAAGUUUUCACAGAAGGGUGGGGUCUUACUGGACAUAAGAGAAUCCACAUUACAGAGAAACCUAUUGAAUGUAACCAAUAUGGAAAGUCUUUCAAAUAUAAAAAUACUUUUCCUCUUCAUAAAAUCCAUGCUGCAGAGAGACCUUAUGAAUGUAACCAGUGUGGAAAAGCUUUUGGAAACAAGAGAGUUCUUACUGUACAUCAGAGAAUCCACACUGGAGAGAAACCUUAUAAAUGUAAGCAAUGUGGAAAAGCUUUUCUACACAAGAUAUCUCUUACUACACAUCAGAGAAUCCACACUGGAGAGAAACCUUAUGAAUGUAACCAGUGUGGAAAGGCUUUUACACAAAGGGGAGAUAUUAUCAGACAUCAGAGAAUCCACACUGGAGAGAAACCUUAUAAAUGUAACCAAUGUGGAAAGGCUUUUAGAGAAAAGAGAGCUCUUACUGUACAUCAGAGAAUCCACACUGGAGAGAAACCUUAUGAAUGUAACCAAUGUGGAAAGGCCUUUUUUGUGAAAGCAACUCUUACUGUACAUCAGAGAAGCCACACUGGAGAGAAACCUUAUAAAUGUAACCAAUGUGGAAAGGCUUUUAUAUAUAAGGUAUCUCUUACUGUACAUCAGAGAAUCCACACUGGAGAGAAACCUUAUGAAUGUAAUCAAUGUGGAAAGGCUUUUGCACGUCGGGUCUCUCUUAUUGAACAUCAGAGAAUCCACACAGGAGACAAACCUUACCAUUGUAACCAUUGUGGAAAGGCUUUCAUAAAAAAGGCACAUCUAACUGCACAUCAGAGAAUGCACACUGGAGAGAAACCUUAUAAAUGUAAUGAAUGUGGAAAGUGUUUCACAGUACUUAGAGCUCUUAAUAGACAUCAGAUAAUCCAUGCAGCAGAGAAAACUUAUAAAUGUAACCAAUGCGAAAAAGCUUUUACAUAUAAGGUUUGUCUUACUGUACAUCAGAGAAUCCACACUGGAGAGAAACCUCACGAAUGUAACCAAUGUGGAAAGGCUUUUAAACAGAAGGGAACUCUUACUGCACAUCAAAGAAUCCACACUGGAGAGAAACCUUAUAAAUGUAAGCAAUGUGGAAAGGCUUUUAGAAGCAGAGGAGCUAUUAAUGGACAUCAGAGAAUCCACACUGGAGAGAAACCUUAUGAGUGUAACCAAUGUGGAAAAGCUUUUACACAUAAGGGAUCUUUUACUGUACAUCAGAAAAUCCACACUGGAGAGAAACCUUAUAAAUGUAAGCAAUGUGGAAAGGCCUUUAUACUUAAGUCACCUCUUAUUGCACAUCAGAGAAUCCACACUGGAGAGAAACCUUAUGAGUGUAACCAAUGUGGAAAAGCUUUUAUACAUAAGGUAUCUCUUACUGUACAUCAGAAAACCCACACUGGAGAGAAACCUUAUAAAUGUAGUCAAUGUGAAAAGGCUUAUAUACAUAAAACAUCUCUUACUGCACAUCAGAGAAUCCACACUGGCGAGAAACCUUAUGAGUGUAACCAGUGUGAAAAGGCUUUUAGAGACAAGGGAGCUCUUACUGUACAUCAGAGAAUACACACUGGAGAAAAACCUUAUGAGUGUAACCAAUGUGGAAAGGCUUUUAUACAUAAGGUAUCUCUUGCUGCACAUCAGAGAAGCCACACUGGAAAGUAGUGUGACCAAUGUGGAAAGGCUUUCACAAAAAAAAGUUACAUCUUAUUUGCACAUCAGAGCAACCACAUUGGAGAGAAACUUUAUAAAUGUAACCAAUGUGGAAAGGCUUUUAUAGAUAAGGCCUCUCACUGAACAUCAGAGGAUCCACAUUGGAGAGAAAUUUUAUGCAUAACCUAUACAGAAUGGGUUUUAUAUGAAAAAACAGGAUUGUUUCUUGCCAGAUCUCUGAAGAAAGGUAAAAGCAUGAAAAUAAGGACUAUGAUUUAUGGUGCAGAACAUUGAGAUAAGAGGUGCUAGUGCUGAUGCCUUCCAUUCUUAGCCUUCCUUAGCUAUAACACUGCAUCAAGGGUGAGGAAGGAAAAAUAAAAUGACUAGGGAUAGCAAACAGCUUCUUAGCCAUAUUGAAUUCUUUUCUACUUGUAUCAUGGUGAGAACCCAUUUUACAGAGCAAGUAACUGAGAUAAACAGAGACCCCUUGCUUGACUAUCAAGUUUCUGAGUUGAGAUUAAAACUCAGGUCUUCAUUUCUUAAGGCCUACUAGUCUAUCUACUGCAACAUCGUCUGUAUUCUGAUUUUGUAACGGAAUAUUAUAAAAAUGUUGCCAUAUGUGGGAGGUUUAAAAAUAGAAGAAAAAUUGGACAAACUCGCACUUGAGAUAAAAAUUCAUUCUUUUCUACUCUAAGUAAAAGCUAAUUACUAUUAAACAGAUUUAUAUUUUUAUUGAUUCAUGACAUGUAUUGGAUUAAAUGACACGUACACAAAGGGCAAUUGGAAAUAAUGUUUUGUGUUGGGAUAUUUUUCAUGUUUUUUCAUUCAUUUUUUCAAUAAAAUGAUAAAACGUA